AUGUAUGGGAAGCCAGAAUACUGGAACGAGCGAUAUCGAGUUUCGGGAAGCUAUGAUUGGCUUCAAACAUACAGUUCUCUUCGAAACCUCCUAUCUCUGGAGUCUUUGAUGGGGACUUCAAAGCUCAAGCCGCUAAGUCCGUUUCCGUCUCACGAGAAGUGUCGUGUUCUAAUUUUGGGGUGUGGUAAUUCUUCCUUCGCAUUUGAUAUGCUCAAAGAUGGGUGGAAAGGGCAUAUAACGAAUGUUGACUUUUCUUCUACGGUCAUCCAACAGAUGAAACAGAAGUACGUCGGAUACUCUGAUUUUCUGGAUUUUCGAUGCGUUGACAUUACGAAGGGGCUUCCAUUUGCGGACAAGACCUUCGAUUUGAUCAUAUGCAAAGCUACAUUUGAUUGUGUAUUGACUAGCGCGGCCUCUAUAUCCAGCAUUAAGAAGGUUGUUGAAGAGUCUUCAAGGGUUUUGAAAAAUGGACAUGGGAUUCUAUUUUUGGUAUCUCAUGGUAACCCCGACAGCCGGGUCGUAUUCUUGGAGCGAGAUUCAGACCUUUCCUACUACUGGGGGGAAGUCAAUAUACACACUGUUGCUCGAAGAUCCGCAAGCAGCACAAAAAACGACUAUGUUUAUGUUUGUCGCAAGCGACUGGAUGAUAUUCCACCUCUCAAAAGUCCUCAUCAGGCGUUUUCUUGUAAGACAAAUGGAAGUGACACACACAAACCAGACACUUCAUUGAAGAGUUCGAAUACGCGUGUUGGAUGA